GUCGUGCUGGAGAUCCGAGUGGUGGGCAUGCGCCUUCCCCUGCACCUGGCGGCGGCGACCACAAUGACGCUGGUGCCCCAGGAGGGCCAGAUGCCCCUGCGCCCGUCGGCGGCGGCGGAGCUCAUGUGCCUGACCCUCCCGUGGGGUCGCAGGUUCUCCUUGACACGCGUGGACAGGGCUGGCGUAACGGUCGGAUGGCAGGCCAAUUGCAACCAUCGGGAUCUCGCUGCUGACGGCAUCAAUUUCGAGAAGACCGCGUGCGUCAAGACGCUCAUUGCUGGCGGUGGUAUACCUUUGGACGAGUGCAAGCAGCGAUUGAAGAUGUG